AUGUUACUUCUAAAUGUCAGCAGCCUGACUCCAGCUUCAUUCAUCCUCAAUGGCAUCCCUGGUCUGGAAGAGGUUCAUUUAUGGAUUUCUUUCCCACUAUUUACCAUGUAUAGCAUUGCCCUUACAGGGAACUUUGGACUUAUAUAUCUUAUCUAUUCUGAAGAGGUCUUACACAGACCUAUGUACAUCUUCUUAGCCCUUCUUUCCUUCACAGAUGUGCUCAUGUGCACCAGCACCGUUCCCAACACUCUCUGCAUAUUGUGGUUCAAUUUCAAGGAGAUUGACUUUAAGGCCUGCCUGGCUCAGAUGUUCUUUGUGCACACUUUCACAGGAAUGGAGUCCGGGGUGCUUAUGCUUAUGGCCCUGGACCGCUAUGUAGCCAUCUGUUACCCUCUGCGCUAUGCCACUAUCCUCACUAAUGUGGUCAUCGCCAAGGCAGGGAUGCUUACUUUUCUUCGGGGCGUGGCUCUCGUCAUUCCCUUCAUAUUCCUCACCAAGCGCUUGCCGUACUGCAUGGGCAAUGUCAUCCCCCACACCUACUGUGACCACAUGUCUGUUGCUAAAAUAUCCUGUGGCAAUGUUCAGAUCAAUGCCAUCUAUGGUUUAAUGGUUGCCCUCCUGAUUGGGGGCUUUGACAUCCUGUGCAUCACAGUUUCCUACACCAUGAUCCUAAGGGCCGUUGUGAGUCUGUCAUCGGCAGAUGCGCGACAGAAAGCUUUCAGCACCUGCACUGCUCACAUAUGUGCCAUUGUCAUCACCUACGUCCCAGCCUUUUUCACCUUCUUUACACACCGCUUUGGGAGGCAUACCAUCCCUCCCCACAUACAUAUCAUUAUGGCUAAUCUCUAUCUACUCAUGCCUCCCACCAUGAACCCUAUUGUGUAUGGGGUGAAAACCAAGCAGAUACGAGAGAGUGUCAUUAGGUUCUUGUUUAAAGGGAGAGAAAAUUCUUCUCAUAAAAUUUAA